AUGAAGAACGAACCGGGAGAAUUGAGCUCCAAUGAUGAAAGGAAGUACAAAACGUCGUCAGGCAGUGCGAGAAGGAGAUUUUGGGUGCUGCCAUGUGUUGGUGCUGGUAAUCCUCGGCUCAACAAGCUCAAGUUCAGGACAGUUUUGAUCGACGAAACUACGCAAGCUGCUGACCCGGAGUGUAUGAUCCCUCUUGUCAGCGAUCACCAGCAGCUUAGUCCGGUAAUCAUGAACAAGAAAGCGGCACGCGCUGGACUGACACAAUCACUUUUCGAACGUCUGGUUGUACUUGGCAACAGACCCAUUCGUCUGCAAGUCCAGUACCGUAUGCACCCUUGCCUGUUUGAAUUCCCCUCGAAUAUGUUCUAUGAGGGCACACUGCAGAACGGCGUCACUGCUCCCGAGCGUCUUCGCAAGAAUGUCGAUUUCCCAUGGCCCGCCCCAGACAACCCGAUGUUCUUCUACCAGAACCUUGGUCAGGAGGAGAUAUCAUCCAGUGGAACUUCGUUCCUUAACAGGACGGAAGCAUCUACACCGGAGGUACAAGGACGCCAAGCCGCUUCGAUUCUAGUUUCUACCGUACACAUGAUGCUCUCGGGUACAUCCCGUCUGACGUGCAGUCUCUGCGCCGCAAGCCGCUUAUUCUUCUUGACUUCCCAUGUUUGCUGCGGCCGGUGGAUUUGGUCCUGGGUUACCCGUGGCUCUGUGGGUGCGUGGAAUGCUACGGCACACCCAUCUGUCUGCAUUGUGGUCUGCGUGCUGCUCUCCGCGUACGCGGUGUUUGACUUUUGA